UGACAUGCUGCUGCAACACAGAAUGGACUUUUGGUGGUUUCCUCACAUGUGGAGCCACAUGCAGCCUCACCUCUUUCACAAUGUCAGUGUCUUAGCUGAGCAGAUGAGGCUCAACAAGAUCUUUGCUCAGGAGCAUGGUAUCCCAACAGAUAUGGGCUAUGCCGUGGCUCCACACCACUCUGGGGUUUACCCAGUUCACAGCCAGCUCUAUGAGGCCUGGAAGUCUGUGUGGGGCAUCAAGGUGACCAGUACAGAGGAAUACCCCCAUCUGAGGCCAGCUCGGUACCGCCGUGGCUUCAUCCACAAUGGGAUCCAGGUGUUGCCUCGGCAGACCUGUGGUCUGUUCACACAUACAAUCUUCUAUAAUGAAUACCCAGGAGGCUCAAAGGAACUGGACAAGAGUAUCAGAGGGGGGAAUCUCCUCACGGUCCUCCUAAACCCUAUCAGUAUCUUCAUGACCCACCUAUCUAAUUAUGGCAACGACAGGCUUGGUCUCUACACCUUUGAGUCUUUGGUGAAGUUUGUCCAGUGUUGGACUAACCUCAGGCUGAGGACAUUGCCCCCCGUUAAGCUCGCUGAAAAAUACUUCCAGAUCUUCCCUGAGGAAAGAGACCCACUCUGGCAGAACCCUUGUCAUGACAAGAGACACAAAGAUAUCUGGUCUAAAGAAAAAACUUGUGACAGACUUCCCAAGUUCCUCGUCAUUGGACCACAGAAAACAGGCACUACAGCACUUCAUUCAUUCCUGAGCCUCCACCCAGCAAUUACCAGUUCUUUCCCCAGUCCCACCACCUUCGAGGAGAUCCAGUUCUUCAGUGGAGCAAACUAUGACAACGGGAUUGACUGGUACAUGGAUUUCUUCCCAUUCCCUUCUAAUGUCAGCACAGAUUUCAUGUUUGAAAAGAGUGCCAACUACUUUGACACAGAGGUAGCUUCUAAAAGAGCUGCUGCCCUGCUACCUAGAGCCAAAAUCCUGGCAGUGCUCAUCAACCCAGCUGACAGAGCUUACUCCUGGUACCAGCACCAGAGGGCCCAUCAGGACCCUGCAGCCAUCAACAACACUUUCCAUUUAGUGGUGACAGCAGGCCCUUCAGCCCCCAAGGACCUGCUGGCCCUUCAGAGACGCUGCCUUAACCCAGGGGCCUAUGCUACUCACCUGGAGCGCUGGCUGCAACACUACCAGCCCAGCCAGUUGCACAUUGUGGAUGGAGCCCUGCUGCGGACCAACCCAGCUCUGGUGAUGGAGGGAAUCCAGAGAUUCCUCGGUGUCACUCCCAUCUUCAACUACACCCAGGCUCUAAUGUAUGAUGACAGCAAAGGUUUCUGGUGUCAGCGAGUGGAAGGAGGUCGAGCUAAAUGCCUGGGGAAGAGUAAAGGCAGGAAGUACCCAGAGAUGAGUCCUGAGUCGCGUGCCUUUCUGGCUGAGUACUACCGUGAGCACAACAUGGAGCUGCUGCGUCUGCUCAAUCGACUGGGACAACCGCUGCCAUCCUGGCUCCGCCAAGAACUCCAGAGCACCAGCUGGAGCUGAGGCCAUAAGCUCACAGAUAGACAGACAGACAGACAGACAGACCACAGAGAAGCCGGGACUGGAGUCUGUGGAUGAGCCAACACUUGGCUCUGGGUUAGACUGAACUACCUAAUCUGGAAUCAACAGCAGCACACACUAAAAGAGCUACCGGGUUUUAGCUGAUGUUACUGGUGCUCCCGUUCAAUGGCAAAGAGAAGACAGCAUGAGAUCUUUCUGAAAGUGUUGGUCCCUGUUGGAGAAGGAUUCCAGUGGACUCUCCCUCCAGCUCCUGAUUUGUUGCCGACCUCCCAUGAGCACUGGGCAGCCGUCAGCCUCAGUUGGUGUGUGUGGGACGAGGGGGGUCCGGGCCUGACCCUGCACGCAUCAGUUUGCUGUGGAUCCAGAGGGACUGAGUGACCAGCAGAUUUGAGGUAUAAAGAUCAGAUCAGACCGCCUUAAUGUGAGGAGAGAAACUCACAGGAUGAGACCGUGCAGAUGUGGAGUGUGUAACUGGACACAGGACUACAUGCACAGACACACAGACACUCACAUGUCUCAUCUCUCCACAAGAAUGAUUGUAAAUCAGUCCAUUUUCAAAGCAGUUGUAUAUGUUAGGUUUGGGGGGACAGGUGGGAGACAGAAUUGCCAGCAGCCUGAGGACGACAGUACAGCCAGACAGUCCAUAUCCUGGUCAAGAGUUCUCUGUUUCACACACACAUCUACCUGCAGGUGGGGCCAGUAGUUGGAGGGCUGCGUUCCCUUUUAUCACCGUUUACCAGUAUGUUUACUGUAGGAACAGACAUUUUAAAAUGGAUUAGGUUAAUAUGAUGAAAGGUCAAUGUAAAUAUCAUGUUUAGAUUUGGUACAUAACUGAAGUCCAGGUUUGGUCCAGGCUGUGCCCACACUAACAUCCUGUCAGGGAGCAGCUUCUUAUGCCUAGUUUCUUCACUAAGAUAAAGAGAGCUUUUGAAUGAUGACAGACUGAUCUCCUGUUUAAGUUCACUUACAUUCUUGCUUUUAACCUACAUCCCUUUUUUUUAAUUUGCUGCUCACGUGUUGACAAAUGGAGUGAACCACAAAAUCCUGUUGAGUGACGGUAAAGUUGUGGGACUAAAUUUUCAGUUAUUUGAAUUGAUACAAAUGUCUGUGUGAUUCUGAUUUUCGUACCUCUGGGACAGAGCAUGAAGGUUCAGCUUUCACAUCAGCUCUUAAUAAUAUAGAGAAUGGUCUUGGUUACAUUGACUGUCCAGUGUCAAGGCAAAACAGUUAGUUUGUUUUCUGAUUUCUUGCUCGGGCUGGAGACCUCUCCCUUGAAAUAGCUGCUGAUGCUCAUGGUUACUGUGGUAUUAGGAGUCAUUAUACAUACUAAGCUGGGACAACAUUGGUCAGAACCAAAAUUGUAAGUAUUGUUUGCCUAUUGUGUGGAUGAAAUUAAGGUUACCCUAAAGGGGUAUUCUAGGGAUUCAGUAUUGCACUCCUAUAAUGUUGGGGGUCUCACAGGAGAUAGAUGAAAAUAUGGUUGCAGCAAAAAAUUCCAGCAAAGACUGAGUUAUCCUAACAUUUAUAAUAUGGGUCAAGCUCCAAAAACACUGAGAUUGUUCCUUCCUGGCUGGUUAAUAAUCACAUCUCUCAAGCUUCACAUCUCCAGUUUAUAAGUCAGGUGUUCUGUUUAUAGUCUCCA